AAUCGGCACACUUCUCACGGCGGCGAUUUGAGCGUACACUCCUCCAGGUGAGCGGACGUUCCUCCGGUUUUGAGCGUACAGUCCCCCCAAAUCGGCACACUUCUCACGGCGGAGGUUUGAGCGUACACUCCUCCAGGUGAGCGGGCGUUCCUCCUGUUUUGAGCGUACAUUCCUCCAAAAUCGGUCCACUUCUCACGGCGGCGGUUUGAGCGUACAGUCCUCCAGGUGAGCGGACGUUCCUCCGGUUUUGAGCGUACAUUCCUCCGAAAUCGGCGCACUUCAGUCGGCGGUUUGAGCGUACAGUCCUCCAGAUGAGCGGACGUUCCUCCGGUUUUGAGCGUACUUUCUUCCAAAAUCGGUACACUUCUGUAUGUACGCUCAUACCUGGAGGAAUGUCCGCUCACCUCGAGGAGUGUACGCUCAAACCUGGAGGAAUGUCCGCUUUUGUGAGGAAUGUACCAAUGUCGGAGCAAUGUCCAGAUUAGAUUGGUCGGGGUGAAUAAAGAUCACGAACUACAGAAAAUCAUUUCUGCCAUCACACAGGUAGGUAUGCAGCAGCAAUAUGAGUUGGGACAAUUUUUCAGAAGCAGAUAUGUCGGACCGGACUUUCUCAACUCUUCAUACAACAGAUAUCAGGUUCAGGUCCGGAGCACGGAUACAGACCGGACUCUGAUGAGCGCCCAGGCUAAUCUGGCAGGUUUGUUUCCUCCCGCCGGAGAGCAAGUCUGGAACCCAGACAUCCUCUGGCAGCCGAUUCCUGUCCACACUAGACCUGCCGAGGAGGAUGUGGUGCUGGGAAUGCCACCAUGUCCCCGAUAUGAGUAUCUAAACCAGGAGGUCCAAAGGACGGACCCAGAGUACCAGCAGAGGGAAAAGGACAACCAGGAAUUCUUCAGCUACUUGACUCUACGGACAGGAAUGCCCGGGGACAAAGGGCUCGGGGGCAUCGGGAAACUGUGGGAUUCUUUGUUUUGUGAGAAAAUGCACAACAGAACCUUCCCUGCGUGGGCGACACCAGAGGUGUAUGACAAGCUGAUGAAGCUGGAAUCCUUCACUCCACGGGCCCAUUCUUCGGACAGGGAAAGGUACAGACUUCGCAGCGGCCCCCUGCUGGGAGCAAUGGUAGAGAACAUGACCCAGGCUGUAGAAGGUACCCUACCUGACAGGAGGACACGGCUGGUCAUGUAUUCUGCUCACGACUCGACCGUGAUUGGUCUACUGUCGGCACUGGGCGUCUCUAACCACAUACAUCCUCCUUACUGUGCAUGUGUCAUGGUGGAGCUGCACCAGCAGGAUUCUCGGAAUUUUUUCAUAGAGGUGUGGUACAGAAAUGACAGCACCCGAGACCCUUACCUGCUGGUGGUCCCAGGCUGUCCCAACCCCUGCCCAUAUCAGCAGUUUAUUAAAGCAACAAAAGACUCCAUUGUUAUAGACAGGGAAAGGGAAUGUCAACUUAGCAUCGUCGAGAGGCUGAAAACAUGGACGUCACUCAUAGUGGGAGGAGUGGUACUGCUGCUUGUAUUGAUCACCUUUGUUGUGAUCUGGACCUAUGUCCGGAGAUCAAGACGGAGUCGUCUGUACAGGCAAGACCCGAUCUCAGAAGAGAACAUCUCACUGACAAAAGACAAGGAUGAUGAUGAUAUCGAUGAUGAAGCCUUAUGAUGUAUUAGUCUAGAGUUAGAAGUUCAAGGGUUAGGUGUAUCAAGUCAUUCAGUGUAAUGUAGCCAGCUGCCGCCACGCC